CACGGGAUAAUGGCUGGAGAUCGCGGAUAUUAGAAGAGAAAUCUACAAUCUAAGAGGAGGUGAAGCUGUAUCUCAACUUCUCAGCAUCACUGAUACACUACUGAAACUCUGACAUUGGAUUUGCGCCAGGCAGCAGAGAUGACUCAUGUCACCAAUCAUGGGAAGCUGCUGUUGCAGCGUUUGCAUCAGCAGCGAGAGAUGGACUUCUUGUGCGACAUAACCAUAAUGGUGAGAGAUGUGGAGUUCAGAGCUCACCGCAACAUCCUGGCUGCCUUCAGCAAGUACUUCUCCUCCCAGGCUGAGAAAGUUCAAGAUGUCACGACCUUGGACCCGGACAAGGUCAGCCGCUACGCCCUGGAGAAGCUACUGGAGUUUAUUUACACUGGACAGAUGAACCUCAGCAGCACCAGACAAGCAGCUGUGCGUCGAGCAGCUGUGUUCCUGGGAAUGUCUGAGGCCACAAAGUAUCUGGAGGAAAUCCCCCACUGGUCCGAGCCCAGCGAAACCUCCCAGUCUGAGGUGGACAAAGAAACUGGCCUCUCUCCUCCCAGUCCAACCUCUCCCGGCAGCCCCACCUCCCCGGUCCCCCUGUCUAUUGUCUCCAUUGCCGGGGACUGGCAUGAUGAGGGGAAGGAUGGCAAACAGCAGGAGGGUGAGCCCAAAGAUGUGGAUGUGGGAGAGGGAGACAAGAGCGAUGAAGAGUACACCCCCACAACACCAAAGAGCGCUGGACGUGGACAGGGCAGGAAGAGAGGAAGGCCCAAGAGCUUCAGUGGUGAGCAGGCGGAGCCCGGCAGCUCGGCUGAUGGCACCCCCAAAACCCAGGCCUACAGGGGGAGGGGGAGAGACUGGAGCCCCUCGCAGGACGACGACUCUCCGGCCAAGAAGCCUCGACUGAGCAGCAGCGAGGGGCGGAGAGGACGAGGCCGGGGGAGGGGGAGAGGCAGGGGCAGAGGGAGAGGCAGGGGCCGAGGCAGGAGGAGGACUGGGGAGGAGGGAGUAGAGGAGGAGAGCGGCUCGGUGGGGGCUGAUGACGAAGAGGAGGAGGAGGAAGAGGAGGAUGACGAAGAGGAUGAGGAAGAGGAGGAGGAGGGUGAGAUUGGGGAACAGGAUCCGUCAGAGAUGGACGAGAUGUCGCUGUCGUGCACCGAGUGCAACAAACUGUUUAAAGACGCGAGCAGCCUCCGGCGCCACGAGAAGAUCCAUAAGGGCCUGAAGCCGUUCGUCUGCAUCUUCUGCUCCAAGACGUUCAGACAAGCCACACAGCUGAAGACACACCUGCGCAUUCACACAGGCGAGAAACCGUUCGGUUGCUCCGACUGUGACAAGUGUUUUGCUCAGAAGUGCCAGCUGGUUGCUCACCGCCGCAUGUACCACGGCGAGGAGAAACCUUACACCUGCGAGCGCUGCGGCUUCAAGUUUGCCACGUCGUCCAAUUACAAAAUACACAUCAGACUGCACAGCGGGGAAAAGCCGUACGUCUGUGACAUCUGUGGUCAGGCGUUCGCUCAGUCCAGCACCCUGACGUAUCACAAACGACGACACACCGGAGAGAAACCGUACCAGUGUGACCUGUGCGGCAUGUCGUUCUCCGUCUCGUCCUCCCUCAUCGCACACGCAAGAAAACACACGGGUGAGACUCCGUACAAAUGUUCUCAGCCAAAAUGUGACGCACGUUUUGUGACGUCUUCUGAACUGAAGAAACACAUGAGACGACUUCACCCAGAGGGGAACACCGGCGUGCAGUGCCUGCUGUGUGGAAACAGAUUCGCCAGCGUGAAGAACAUGAUCAAACACCAGGAGAAGGCUCACGCCGAUGAAGUGCGGCAACACAAGGAGAGAGCCAGAGCUGUCGUCCUCCUGGCCUCCAGUCAUCCUGUGGCCUUCGUCCAGAGCAAACUCUCCCAGGAAAACAAAGGUUUGGUGUCGAUCCCCGAAGGCGAGCCAGCCAACCCGGAGCCCACCACCCCCAACCCCAAAGCCAUAGCUCCGUCUGCAGACGCGGACGCCAGCUCCGCCGAGGCCGACGCUGACGCUACCACCACCGCCUCCAUCAUCGAGGGCUUCAAGUCGGAGCCCGCUCACCCGCCUAUCACUGCCGCGGACCAGGUGACCUUCGACGCUGACCAGGAGCAGACCAUCAACUCGGACACCCUCCACGCUCUGGUGGAGCAGCUGCGGCCGCCGCCCUCCCCGGCCCAGAGCCUGGAGCAGAUCGUCAUCAUCAGGACAGUGGACACCGCCGAAAACAACCCUCCUCAGCAGUGAGGCCCGAGCCACGGCGGGGUCAAAGGUCACUGUGGUUGAACAUUUCACUUGUUGACACACAAGCUGCAGUCAGCCUGUGGAUCCAAGUCGAGGCUCAAAUUCAGUCUUGUUUCCCUAAAAAUAGACUUUAAUGGACAUGUGGUAAAAUGUAAGUGAAGGAUAAAACUGGUUUAUUACAACUUGGGUUUUAUUUUUAUAGUUUUGUCCGUCAUCUCUAUCAGUAAUAAAACGAUUAGAUGAUUAAAGAUGGCAGCUGAGAUCUUUCAACUUGAUAAACUCAGUAAAAAGAAGUCGGACAGAUCAAGAAACACGAGCAGACGGUGAAAUUAUAAUUCAAACUGUCCAUUAGAAACAAGUUCGACCUACUGAACUGAACUUUUCAGGUGCGCACGCUUUCAGUUUGUUUGAUCGUUGGUUGUUUUUCUCGUGUCAUCAAACUUGAGUGAAAUGAUUUUGCUGCUUCCAGAUCUCAGCUGUUACUUUAAGUUACUGUUGUAAUUACUUGUAGAAAUGAGGGAAGAAAAAACUUCAAAAUAAGACCUGAGUUGUAAAACAAACAAACUAACAUUUGUCUCCUUUUCUCUUGAGUCCGUCACUGACAAACGACUCGGCCACAUUUUCACUAAGUGGAAAUCGAAGGUAGAAAUCCAACAGAGUGGAUUCGUUAUUGAUGCCAGAAAAGCCAGAAAUCAACGCCACUGAACAGAUAACCCUCUGUCGCCAUAGCAACUUCAAUUUAGUUCCUGGUGCCGCAAGUGUUUUCAUAACUCUGAAACAGGUGGUGAGGAAUUUACUGUACCGAGUGACAUAAACAACACUGAUGAUUUUAGGGCUGCAAUUAAACAUUAUUUUCAUCAUUUAAUGUGCAGAUUAUUUUUCUCU